AUUUAUGUUAUUAACCUACCACUCCUAAAGCUUUACUUAAGGGUACCCCUUUGUACACGAACAGUGGUAGACGCUGGUGCCGGUCGCCGCUAUCUUUGACGUUUCGUGGCGCGUCGGUGUCCAUUGUGCAUGGACCUAUGCACUACCCCUCGGCACGCGUGUCGUCGGCGGGUAGGGCGCGCACGGCACAGAUUAUUGAUUGCGCGAGUUAACGUUGCAUUCGCGCGGUGUGCUGCGACACUACCGCGCAGAGAGAACACGAGAAAAUACAAUUAAAAAUAAAAAUAAAUGCGCUCGACGAUGUGACGCCGCCGCGGUGUAAUAAUAAUAAUAAUGGCGGUGGUGCCGUAGCCGGUCUGAAAGUUUGGAAAUAGAUACGUUCCCGUGAUGUCGAACCGUUUUAGGCUGCGAUGACUGAUUGAUAUUUGUUUUUUUAAGUAGUCUAAAAAAAAAACCCAUACCAUAAAAUAUAGUCGACGUAAUGAAUAAUAGUUUCGAAUGGUCGGAACGGUUCAAAUACAUCAAAAGAAAAUCGAAUAACGUCGCCGUCAACCGCAACUGCAGCCACCGCUCAAAACAGUUUAAACGCGUCCGGCCCAGCGUUAACGAUGUCUUCGGCUGGGAAAGUGGAAUUCGUCGUUGUUUACAAGACAAGCGAAGACGCACUUUAUCAAAGCUCUGAACUUAAUAAUCAUGGUCCAACCGUUAAAGGAUGGAGAUCUUCCAAAAAUUGCGAAUAUCCGCAACAAUUGGUGCUCAAACUAUUCGAAACCACCGUAAUACAACAAAUUCAAAUAUUAGCUCAUCAAUAUUUAAUUCCUAAUAAAAUCGAGAUAUGGAUCGGACCAGAAGAACUUGUAGAAACAGACAACUUAACAACUUUAAACUAUGAGUAUUUGGGUUAUAUUACACUUAAUGAUAACGAUGGUGGUUUAGUGAAAAGCAGAGAACUUAAAACCAUUAGUUUGCCAUUAGCUAGUGCUACUAGUUAUGUAAAAUUGAUUUUGUUUGAAAACCAUAAGAAUUCAUUAAACCGUUUCAAUCAGGUGAGUUUGAUCGGUAUACAAGUGACUGGUGAAAAACAACACUCAGAUCAAGGAGACAUCAGUCACCACAAAUCAAUAUGCGAUGACUUGGCGUUUGAGAUGUACGUGGAUAAACAUAUUGCAAAAAUCAUCAGAAUGUUGGAAGAAAGAAAGAUUACAGCUGUUCAAGACGAACGAUUUGAGUAUGCGAGAAAAUUAAAAGAAGCUAUAACAGAGUUAAGGUCAGCUGGAGAAAAGUUAGGUAAAUUAGAACUUUCUAAAACUCAAGCUAUACAAAACGAAGAUUACGGCAAAGCGAAAAAGAAAAAAACUCAAAUGGAAGAGUAUCGAGCUCAAGUCUUAAUAGAACAACAAGUGGAUGAACUUUUGGAAAAAAAUGGACCCUUAGAAAUCAAUGACGAGGAACCUGAAGAUCUCGUUGAUAAGACUCCUGGAUCAAGAGACGAAACCGUUAAAUGUGCACCGUCAUUAUCUCCGAUCAACUCGCCUAAAGAAGUUUCAAUUAAGCAACAUCAAGAAGAAAUCCUAUCAGAAAAAAUCGAAAACGAAGCACCUGAUGAACCGGACAUUUACCAUAGUCCAGUAUCACCACUUCAUUAUCCUGAAAAUAACUCCAGGGAAAGAUCUCCCAAGUUACAACAAACGAUCGUCACGAAAGCAAUUUCAUUAAAGAGACCUAAACCUAUGCGUCCUAAGUUCAACAAGAGCAGCUACGAAUCGUAUGACGAACAAGCUAUCCCUGCUCAAAGAUUUUGUCAAACGCAAAAUAAUUCGGACUCUUCGUCAUCAGCUGCGGUUAGUGGUGUCGGUGCAUCAAAGUUAAGCGAAAGAGAUAAGAAACAGACUGCUAUUCCGAUCGCCGUGUUUGGACUUUCGAUUGUAAAAUAUUUUUUUUCAAAACAAUAUUCGGAUAAAGUGGAAGGGUUAAAACUGAUGGAAGGCUCAAUGAAGAAUUUCAUGUUUGACGGAGUGGACGCGCGACACUCGCCCAAUAAAAUGACACGAGCAGCCGUUCAACUUUUGCACCGCACGCUCAGGGACAAAGUUUUUGCCGUCUACAAUCUGUCUGCAGAAAUAAUACGAUUCCUGUUUUCCGAAUUUGUCCCCGGAAGGGUGUCGACGGGUGAAGUUUCCCGGAGUAUAGAAACACUGCUUCCGGAAUUGUUGGCGAAAGCGGGAGACACGACACCGCGUAUUCAUAAUAUCGGGAUGCACACCAUAUUGAGCGUGGCAGAAGUGCCUGACAUAAGAAAACUUAAUAUUAUACCGACUCAUUUGACUCGUUUAUUAACCGGCAACAUACAUCCCAGACUUAUACUCAGCCGUUUGGAAAUGGUCGAGCAGUUGAUCAUCAGUCAAGGCGUAUCGUCUGACAAAAAUAGCGGAAUGACCUGUCGCACUUUAUGCGAGUUUGGUAUGUCGGCUAUUCACAACCCGACAGAAGCUGUACGCAAAGCGGCCGAAAGGAUUAUAAUACACGUGUACAAAGUGAACCCUAGAUUUGUGCGGAAACAGCUACCACCCGAUGAUGAAAUCACUAGAAGAAACAUUAUGUACAGGCAGCUAAUGCAGGAGUUUGAACGAAUCGACCAAGAAAGAAUGGGCGAAUUAGACCCAGUUGGCCAAACUAAAUGCAAACUAGUUCGAUCGACUAGUGAGAACACAUCAACAUAUUACAAUAACGAAAUCGCCUGCAACAGUGCAGUUAAUGUUCAAAGCAAAUUAAGCUCCAGUACCUCGGCCAGUGUGGUUGACGUCUGUGAAAAUGGUCAAAACAAUAUCGAAACAAUGAAAUUGAA